UGUCCCGGCACGGAGAACAAGCUGAGCACGCCGUCGGACCUGGCGCAGCAGUACCGCACGCUCAAGAAAGUCUACGAGAACUGCGAGGUCGUCAUGGGCAACCUGGAGAUCACCAGCAUCGACCGCAACCGCAACCUGUCCUUCCUCAAGUCCAUUCGUGAAGUUACUGGCUACGUCUUGGUGGCUCUAAACCAGUUCGACUACCUUCCCCUGGAGAAUCUGAGAAUCAUCCGAGGAACCAAACUUUACGAAGGACGCUACUCUCUCGCCAUUUUCCUCAACUACAGACGCGACGGCUACUACGGCCUGAAACAGCUGGGACUCCGCAACCUCACCGAAAUCUUGAACGGUGGAGUCUACGUGGACCAGAACAAGUUCCUGUGUCACGCCGACACCAUCCACUGGAGAGACAUCAUCAAGAACCCCCAGGCCGAGCUUCUGGUGGUGCCUUCCAACAACAGCAACCUGGGAUGCCGGCGUUGUCAUCGUUCUUGUAAUGGAAGGUGCUGGGGACAUCAGGAAGACCAGUGUCAGAUGUUGACCAAGACGGUGUGCGCCGAGCAGUGUGACGGACGCUGCUUCGGCCCCUACGUCAGUGACUGCUGCCACCGAGAGUGCGCCGGCGGAUGCUCGGGCCCCAAGGACACCGACUGCUUUGCCUGCACAAAUUUCAAUGACAGCGGUGCGUGCGUGACCCAGUGCCCUCAGCCGUUUGUGUACAACCCCACCUCCUUCCAGCUAGAACACAACCCCAAAGCCAAGUACACCUACGGGGCUUUCUGCGUCAAGAAGUGUCCACAUAACUUCGUGGUGGACCAUAGCUCCUGUGUACGAGCCUGUCCCAGCAACAAGAUGGAGGUGGAGGAGAAACGGAUCAAGAUGUGCAUCCCGUGUACCGACAUCUGCCCAAAAGUGUGCGACGGCAUAGGCACGGGCAGCCUGCACGCCAAUCAAACCGUCGACGCCAGCAACAUCCACAAGUUCGUCAACUGCACCAAGAUCAACGGGAACCUCAUCUUCCUCAUCACGGGGAUUAAAGGGGACAUGUAUCACGGCAUCGGACCCAUGGACCCCGAGCGUCUGAACGUGUUUCGCACUGUCAAAGAGAUCACAGGUUACCUCAAUAUCCAGGCCUGGCCGGAGAAUAUGACAGAUUUGGGGGUGUUCUCCAACCUGGCAACCAUCGGAGGGAGGUCGCUCUACAGUGGUAGCGGGAUUUCUCUGCUGAUCCUGAAGCAGAGGUGGAUCUCGUCUCUUCAGUUCCAGUCUCUGUCGGAGAUCAGCGCGGGGAACGUGUACAUCUUCAACAACAGCCGCCUGUGCUUCUACAACACCGUGAACUGGACCAGCCUCUUCAGGACCCCCAGCCAGAAGGUCCUACUGCGCAACAACAGGGACCCCCAGGAGUGCUUGGAGCAGCGUAUGGUGUGUGACCGCAUGUGUUCAGAUGAAGGCUGCUGGGGCCCGGGUCCGGACCAGUGCCUCUCCUGCCGAUUCUUCCGCCGGGGCCGCACCUGUGUGGAGGCCUGCAACCUGUUUGACGGGGAGACGAGGGAGUUCGCCAAUGGGUCGGUUUGCCUGGAGUGUGACAGUCAAUGCGACAAAAUGGACGCCAAUACCAUGACGUGCCUCGGACAGGGCCCAGACCAGUGUGUCAGAUGCCUGCACUUCAAAGACGGACCCAACUGUGUGGAGAAGUGUCCGGACGGGGUACAGGGCGCCCACGGCUUCAUCUUCAAAUACGCCAAGGCCAACAACGAGUGUCACCCGUGCCACGCCAACUGCACCCAAGGGUGUGUGGGGCCCAGGUUGCAGGACUGUGUGGGCAUGAUGGACAGGACCCCUCUGAUCGCGGCUGGAAUCAUCGGUGGUCUCUUCCUCCUGGUGAUCCAUGCCCUCAGCGUGGCCGUGUACGUGCGCCGCAAGAGCAUCAAGAAGAAGAGAGCACUGCGACGCUUCCUGGAGACAGAGUUGGUGGAGCCCCUGACCCCCAGUGGAACAGCCCCUAACCAGGCCCAGCUCAGAAUCCUGAAGGAGACUGAACUCAAGAGGGUCAAGAUACUGGGCUCUGGAGCGUUUGGGACGGUCUAUAAGGGUAUUUGGGUUCCAGAGGGUGAGACAGUGAAAAUUCCAGUUGCCAUCAAAAUCCUGAAUGAAGCCACCGGCCCCAAAGCCAACGUGGAGUUCAUGGACGAGGCCCUGAUCAUGGCGAGCGUGGAGCACCCUCACCUGGUGCGCCUCCUAGGGGUGUGUCUGAGUCCUACCAUCCAGCUGGUGACUCAGCUCAUGCCCCACGGCUGUCUGCUGGACUACGUGCACGAACACAAGGACCACAUCGGCUCCCAGCUGCUGCUCAACUGGUGUGUGCAGAUCGCAAAGGGCAUGAUGUACCUGGAGGAGAGGAGGCUGGUGCACAGAGAUCUGGCAGCGAGGAACGUUCUGGUGAAAUCGCCCAAUCACAUCAAGAUCACGGACUUCGGCCUGGCCAGAUUACUGGACGCCGACGAGAAGGAGUACAACGCCGACGGAGGAAAGGUCGGUAUGCCGAUUAAAUGGAUGGCCCUUGAGUGCAUCCACUACAGGAAGUUCACCCACCAGAGCGACGUGUGGAGCUACGGAGUGACCAUCUGGGAGCUGAUGACGUUUGGAGGAAAACCUUACGACGGCAUUCCCACCAGAGAGAUCCCGGACAUCCUGGAGAAGGGAGAGAGACUGCCCCAGCCGCCCAUCUGCACCAUCGACGUCUACAUGGUCAUGGUCAAAUGCUGGAUGAUUGACGCAGACAGCAGACCCAAGUUUAAGGAGCUGGCCGCCGAGUUUUGCCGAAUGGCGCGUGACCCCCAGCGCUACCUGGUCAUUCAAGGGGAUGACCGCAUGAAGCUGCCCAGCCCGAAUGACAGCAAGUUCUUCCAGAGCCUGUUGGACGAGGAAGAUUUGGACGAGCUGAUGGACGCCGAAGAGUAUCUGGUGCCGAAGGGGUUCAACCUACCCCCUCCGUCCUACUCCGCGAGGCCCAGGGUGGACUCCAACAGGAACCAGUUUGGCUACAGAGACGGCGGCCCCAACCCCACAGAGGGCUCAUCGUCUGGGGCCCAGGCCGGCGCGACCCAGGAGGCCUCUGGGGGUUCAGCCCUGGAGGACCAGCGCUGUAACGGAAGCCUGCACAAGAAGAACAAGAGCCAGGGGACGGGAGAGGACAGCGGGGGACACAGGUACAGCCAGGGCACCUCAGAGGACAGCGGGGGACAUCGAUACAGCGCGGACCCCACCAUCUUCCUGGGCGAGAGGACGUCCAGAGGAGACACGGACGAAGACGGAUACAUGACGCCGAUGAAGGACAAGAGCUCCUCAGAGUACCUGAACCCCAUCGAGGAGAACCCUUUCGUCUCCCGUCGCAAAAACGGAGAGAUCCACGCCUUGGACAACCCGGGCUACCACAGCACCCCCAACAGCCAGCCCGGCAAGGGGGAGGACGAGUACAUCAACGAGCCCCUCUACCUCAACACCUUCCACAACCCAGCGGACCUUGGCUUGGAAGUCCUCAGGAGGAACGGCCUACCUUUGCCCUCCCAGCCUCCCUCUUCCAUCUCCGCCACCACCUCAGGACCCCAUCUUCCGUUGACCAUCCAGACCAGCUUGCCGCACUACCCGUUACCCUCAUCGCAGCCUUCUCCCGCGGGUUUGGCUUGCCACCACCUCCCGCCCGGGCACCUCCUCCACCACACCCUGAAAGCCGGGCAACUCGGAAACCCAACCAGCCAGAUCGGAACCUCAGCCCAAGCUCAGGCGGGGCAGUCGGGUACCCUGUCCACCGCUGCGCCCAUGGGCAUCGGCACCCUUCCGGCCUACCAGAGCCACGGCGGCACCAUGCAUCCUGCUAGCUUGCUCAAGCACGGAGGCCACACGACGGGAAAGGGCAGCGGGAAAAAGCUCAAGGUUACGUUUGACAAUCCGGAAUACUGGCAGCACAGUUUGCCUCAAAAAUCCUCAGUCCAGAUGGGAGCCGACGGCGCGCAGGGAGGGUCCACCAACGCUAAGCUAUUCUAUAAGCAAAACGGACACAUACGACCCGCGGUGGCUGAAAAUCCCGAAUAUAUGUCGGAAUUCUCCCUGAAACCGGGAACAGUUCUGCCGCCCCCACCCUACCGGCAAAGGAACACUGUAGUCUAG